AUGUUCUUCUCCAAAGGCAAGGAUGAGCCUGCUGAAGCAGCGACCUCAUCGACGGCAGCUGCGCCGAUGACGACCAGCUCGAGUGCACCUGCUGUCUCUCCGGUGGACGACGCUGAAUGGCAGGCAAAAGGAGCGGCGGGCCUGGGCGCGAUCUCGUCCCUCUCACCGGAGUGCACACCGCUCAAGCAUCGAUACGACUCGUGCUUCAACCUGUGGUUCAAGGAUUACUUGGCGAUAGGCGACGACCAAAUUCAGGAUCAGCAGCGACAGAGCGAGGCGUCUACGAGCGGGUCAACGGCGUCUUUGGCUUCAACAUCGUCGUCAUCCAGCUCUGGCAGUAAGAAGAAGUCAAGCUGGUUCUCGGACUCUUCUUCAAGUUUGUCAAACUCAACAAGUGCAUCCACGCUACCUGAAUUGGACGUCGAGUCGAGAAAACAGAGCAUCAUGGAGCGGUACGAUAGGGAUUGCGCCAAGCUGUUCAAGGACUACCAAACAUGCGUCAGGAAAGCCGUGACUGAGCGCGGGCUCGACGAUCUCAUCCAGCAAGCGCGGAAGGAAAACCCGUUUCCCUUCGAUCAUCAGCGUCAGUCGGACCCUCGUUCUAACAACCCACCCUUUCCUUUCCCCGCCGCCAAAGACUAG